CCUCCCUGCUAGAACGACCAUCCUCGAGGGAUAUAUAUGCAUCGUAAGCGAAGAGUGUGCAUUGACUCCGCCCGCCAGGCCUCCUGAGCACCAUCCAUGUUUCCCAAUGCUCGCAUCGCAGUGUCACUGGCGGUCUUGCUUGGCUUGGCCUCCGCGGCAAACGUAACGACGGUCAAUGUAACAGUUACGGUCGUCGCGCCUUCAAAGUCUCAGCCCCUGUCAUCCACACUCUUGUCGUUCUCUAUCGAGCAGGAUAACUGGCCGGACUGGAGUGGAAUCGAUUCGCGCAAUGAGUUCACCUACAACGCGAUGAUGAACUAUGCGAAUCUUACCGGGCAGCCUCCCAAGUUCAGAGUCGGCGCCGACUCAGAGGACCACACUGUCUGGUCCCCAACUGUGACGAUCAAUAAAGACGAAUUUCCUCCGUCCAACUCAAUCACUCCGUAUCCAGAGGCGACCAUGAUCACUGUGGGUAGUGAAUAUUACACGCUCUCUCGUUGGCUUCCCGCAGGCACACGCAUGAUCUGGGGUGUGAAUCUCGGCUUUAACAACAUCACGAAUGCACGGAAUAUGGCCAAAGCAAUAGUGGCAGCGUUCAGCUCACCAUCUGUGAUCGAAUCGGGAGUCAUCUUGGAGCGGAUUGAAGUCGGCAACGAAGCGGACUUGUACGGUAGCAAUGGCCUCCGUCCGUCUGGUUACUGGACUGUUCAGGAUUAUGUCUUCGAUUGGGAAUCCGUGGCUCUACCAGUGAUCCAAGCUGCAGGAAUCUCGACACGAUUCGGGCCUGUGACACUUCAAGGCGCCGCAUUUUCAGGACAGGGAUUCACUCCAAGAGAGAUAUUCUCCCUGGGGAUCCUAGAGAGUACACCUGGAGAGACCAUCUCGACAAUUUCUCAACAUCAGUAUUCUGCGGCUUUCUGCGACGGAGGCAAUGAAGGAUUGACAUCUUUUAUGAACAAAACUUCUAUUAGAGGGAACCUCACAAUUUUCGACGCGGAUAUCGCGGCAACGUAUGCGAAAGGCCUGAACUAUAUUCUAGGCGAGACGAAUAGUGUAGCGUGCCACGGUGCACCAGGAGUCAGCAACACGGCAGGCGCAGCACUCUGGAUGAUCGAUCACACGCUGUUCUCCUCAACGUUUGGCAUAUCAGAGCUCUACUUCCAUGAGGGCAUCGGUUACAAGUAUAACUUCCUACAGCCGAUCACGCUCAAUUAUUCAACCAUCGACGGAUCGAUUCUCGACCCGCCAGAGCCUCCACACAUUCAGCCUCCUUACUAUGGAGGUUUGGUAGUCGACACUCUCGUGGGAAACAGCGGUGCAGCCAGCAUCGUUGAGCUAGAUGUCCCGGAGAACGAUACGACCGGAUACGCGGUCUACGAAAGUGGAACGCUCGCGCGAGCGGUGUUCGUGAACCUGAAUGCAUGGACGACAAACAGCACGGGCACGCGCCCCGUUGUACACAUCGAUCUUGACUUCGCGUUCGGCGUAGUUUCGUCAGCCUCGGCAAGACGGCUCGUCAUUAAUUACGCGGACGACACGUCGAACCUCACCUGGGCGGGACAGAGCUAUGAAGAGAGCAGUGACAUUAGCCCGACAGGACAACUUGUGCUGGAGGACAUCAAUGUAGAGGAAGGGCUUGAUUUGCGAGCGACAGAGGCAAUUUUGCUCACCUUCUAGCUCAGAUUCUGAUGUGUAACGUCAAAAUUCAUUUUUUGCAGCCCGAAAGGUUAAAGUGAUCGCACGGGUGUUCGGACCGUUUUACGAUGGGUUGAGACGGGGAAGUUACAUAGGAUAUCCAGGAAGGAAUAGAUGGUUCUGGUCGUCGUG